CUCUGCUUAUUAAAUCCUUCCAGGGUAUCCCUUUUCCCCCCUGGAUUAGGUAACCAGUCCAUUUCUCCAUAUCUUGGAUUUUCCUGGUCACAUUAGGUCCGCUGCUACUAUCACCAUCUUCACAAUAUCCACAAGAAACACUCAAAGAUCAUCUAAAUCCUUAUACUCAUCAACCAGCCCAUGAAACCAUCACUAACCAAUGGAUCACUCCUUCCUUGUCCUCGUCCUUCUUGUUCCUUGCUUGCUUUGCUUCUCUUCUGCGCUCGAGACGAUCGGCCCGACUCAGUCGUUGAGUGACGGAGAAACGUUGGUUUCCCAGGCUGAAGUCUUUGAGCUCGGCUUCUUCAGCCCAGCGGGCUCCGCCAACCGGUUCCUGGGAAUAUGGUACAAGAAGAUCCCCGACAGGACGGUUGUUUGGGUGGCGAACAGAGACAAUCCGAUCAACGGCUCUCCGGGGAACUUGACGCUCACCGCCUCCGGGAACCUCGUCCUCCUCAGCUACAGCAGCGACACCAUUGUCUGGUCCACGAACACGACGAGCUCUAAGCCCAUGAGCUCGAGCGUCCGGCUCCUAGCGACAGGAAACCUCGUGCUUCAGGAUGGAAGCGACCCGAACUCGGAGGUGUACUUGUGGCAGAGUUUCGAUUACCCUACAGAUACUUUCCUGCCCGAUAUGAAAAUCGGAUGGGACCUCAAGAGGGGGCUCAACCGCCAUCUUGUGGCUUGGAAAAGUCCCAGCGAUCCGUCCUCGAGUGACUUCACUUGGGGACUUGAGCUCCACAGUUACCCUGAAGCCGUCGCUUGGAAGGGUAAUCAUAAAUACUUCCGCAGCGGGCCCUGGAACGGGAUCCGGUACAGCGGAGCGCCUGAGCAGAAGCCCAACAACCUCUUCUGGUUCAAGUUCGUCUCGAAUGAGGAAGAGGUUUACUACACAUACGGCCUCCAGGACAAGUCAGUACUCACUAGGAACGUUUUGAAUCGGAGUAACGAUGCCUGGGAGAGAUCCGCUUGGAGUGAUCCGACUCAGGAAUGGAAGUAUUAUUCUUCGGUGCCAAAAGACAAAUGCGACAACUAUAACUUUUGCGGUCCCCAUGGCUAUUGUGACAUGGCCAAUUUGGGUUGCCAAUGCCUAGAAGGUUUCAGCCCCAAAUCACCCGAUAAGUGGGCUGCCAUGGACUGGACACAAGGUUGCAAACGGGACAAGCCGCUCCAGUGUGGGGACAAGGUUGGAUUCAAGAAAUUCACAAACAUGAAAUUGCCGGACACAACAUCUACUUGGGUGAACGCGAGCCUGGAUAUCAAAGCAUGUCAUGAGAAGUGCUUGGGAAACUGUUCCUGCACCGCUUACACUCAUUCUGAUAUAAGAGCUUCGGGAAGUGGAUGCGCUCUUUGGUUCGGAGAUCUACUGGACAUUCGAACUUUCUCAGAUGGUGGGCAGGAUCUGCAUAUACGAAUGGCAGCCUCAGAACUAGGAGGGGAUAAUGGAAAUCGUUUGAAGAUAGCAGUUGCAGCUGUUGUCGGGAUCGUUGGAGCUCUAGGAAUGGUCUUUACAAUCUAUUGCUGUCACAGAAGCAGGACGAAGUCCAAAGGAGAAACAGGAGAAAAAGGGGAAAAGGAACAGAAGAAUGAGCAUUCCGGGGAAGACAUGGAGCUACCUGCAUUUGACCUUGCUAUGAUUAUCAAUGCCACCGGCAAUUUUUCGGCUAACAACAAGCUUGGAGAGGGAGGUUUUGGACCUGUAUAUAAGGGGACAUUAGCAGAUGGGCAAGAAAUAGCCGUAAAGAGGCUGUCUAGCAGCUCAGGACAAGGCCUGAAGGAGUUCAAGAAUGAGGUUAUAUUGAUCGCGAAGCUUCAGCACCGAAACCUCGUGAAGCUCCUAGGUUGCUGCAUCGAGGGAGGGGAGAAGAUGCUAGUCUAUGAAUACAUGCCGAACAAAAGCUUGGAUGCCUUCAUUUUUGAUGACAAGAGAAGUUACUUGUUGGAUUGGCCAACAAGGUUCAGCAUCAUAUGUGGGGUUGCCCGGGGGAUUCUGUAUCUUCAUCAAGAUUCGAGAUUGAGGAUCAUACACAGAGAUUUGAAAGCAAGCAAUGUCCUUCUCGAUAAAGAAAUGAAGCCAAAGAUCUCGGACUUCGGGAUGGCUAAAACGUUUGGGGGAGAUCAGUCUGAAGGGAAUACAAACAGAGUUGUUGGCACUUAUGGUUAUAUGGCACCAGAGUAUGCCACUGAUGGGCUUUUCUCGGUGAAAUCGGAUGUCUUCAGCUUCGGGAUUUUGUUACUGGAGAUUAUAAGUGGAAAGAGAAGCCGGGGCAUAUUUCGAUCGAACCAGAACCUGAUCGGGCAUGCUUGGAGACUGUACUCCGAAGGGAGGCCACUCGAGCUGAUGGAUCCAUGCCUUGAGGACACAGCGGACUCGUCUUGCAAAUUUUCGGAAGUGAUGCGCUGCAUCCACGUGAGCUUCCUCUGCCUCCAGCAGCGGCCUGAGGACAGGCCCAGCAUGGCCUCUGUGGCCGUGAUGCUGGGAAGCGACGGCCCUCUGCCCCCACCCAAACAACCGGGUUUCCUCAUCGACUGCUCCGACGGCCCAUCUGAAGCGGACUCAUCAUCGGGCAAGCUGUUGUCCCAUUCAAUCAAUGAGAUCACCAUCAGCCUAGUACAGGCUCGGUGACUGUUCGCGAUCAAGUUGUCGGAAAGCCACCAUUUCAUAUAGAACCUACUGCUCGAAUCAUGAUCACCUGUAGGAUUAAUUUAGAGAAUGCCACGCAGAGUAUCAAGCUGCUUCCUGCCAUUUCCGAGACUAACAUUUGUUCCUCGUUGCUAGUCGGUCAUACAUUUUUCAUCGACAAUGACCCCUUAAUCAAGCUUAGAAACGCAGACUUUCAAAUCGUGGGAUCAUGUGGACUUUGAAUUCUUCGCGUCACGGAUAUGUAAAUUAAGUUGUUGAUAU